ACAAAUAUAGCCUCUUUUAGGACCCAGGGGCGUGGCCACAGUGACAGCGGUAGAGGGGCGGAACUGUGUCCCCAGGGUUUAGUUUAAAGCACCCAGGGUUGACAGAGUUGCUCAGCACAAGUCCUCAACUUCAGUCUCAGACUCAGAAGCAUCCUUCAUCCUUCAGCAGGUCUGUGCAGCUGUAGCCAGCAUGUCAAACUCGGACAGGGUUGUCUUAGCUCUGGGAGGAGCGGGGACAGUGGGCUCUGGGAUAGUUAAAGCACUUCUGGACAAAGGUUUCAAAGUCGCCGUGAUCUCCAGGGACAGCAGCCGACUAGAGAGACUGCGUUCAUUCGUCUCUCCCAACACAAAGGAUAACCUCACUACUAUUGUGGGGAAUGUGGGAUCAGAGGAGGGAGCAGAGCAGGCCAAGCAGGACCUGCUGAAGGCAGUCGGGAGGGUAACCGACAUCGUCUCCUCUCUGGGCUUCAGCUGGUGGCAGGGAGGACCUCCACACACACAGUCUCUCAAAGACCUACACUGGGUGAUUGAGACUUUACUCUUCAGCACGUUCGUGUCGUGGAAAGCUUUCUUUCCCUUAGUGAGGGACGACUCCAACUGCACCUACACCUUCAUAACAGGAGGAGCAGGUGAGAAGCUGCUGAUGCCAGGUACGGGCUUCCUGACAGUAGGAGCGGCCAGCACCCUGGCCUUCUGCCAAGUACUACGAGAGGAGUACCCUGACGUGUCCUGCAAACUCAACCAGGUGAAGAUAAACGCAGGUGUAGCCACUCCAGAGUGCCUAACACCCGGCUACUUGAACCACCUGGACCUGGGUGAAGCUGUCGCAACCCUGGUGGAAAGACCGAGUACUUCCCACACCGUCUUCACCAUCAACUGCCCUGCAGACCUAAAGACUGUCCUUCUGGAGAGGAGCCUUUAAGGAGACUGUUCCUCUGGCCUGACCUCUCAUCUUCACUUCUUCUCCUCCGACCUUCACUGAACUCUCCAAGAAAAAUCAUUUACAUUUAUUUCUUCUCCAAGAAUUGCUAACCCGAUCCAUGCACACCUUUUCAAAUGUUGUUUCAAAUCAUAACUGUAUAUAAUCUGCUUCUCUUAUUGAAUCGGCACCUCUUUCCUCUGCACGAGCUGUUGUGAUAUGUCUGUAAAAAAAACAGGUGCUGAAUGCACUCCUUAAGUAGAGCUCAUAUGGCUGAACUGUUGGACAGAUCAGAGGAAGACUGAAACAUGAGGAGGAUGGAUUUUAGGUUGAAUACAGCCAAGUUGAAUUUUAACAGCAGGUCGGAAAGUGUUGUAUGUUUUUGCUUUACUCUGUCAGGAGGUGAGGUCGUGUUUGAUGGGUUCAUGUAAGCACUGUAGAUCACAGAAGUCCACAUGUAAAGAGGCUUCAUGUUGCACAGAUUGAGAGCUACUGACUUGUAAACUAAAAAUAACACAGGUUUUAAAGAAUUUGUCAAAAAUGUGACUUUGCAAAUGUAUAAUAAAGAAGGAGUGAGCAAAUUCAAUAUUGAAUGUAAAUUGAACUUGCAGACAACUCUGUUAAAGCUCUGACAUGAUUAGAAAGAGCAGCAUGUAAGAGGUGGUGGCAUCAUAAGUCUGAUGUGAACCAGCAUGUUUAGGACUCACUGUGGAUGUAUCUGUUAGAGAAGCUACAGAACAUGUUGAGGGUUUUAUUUUGUGAGCGCUGAGAUGUUGUGAUUGAAAAGCUCUAAUAAACUGAGGAUGUUGCAGACUUAAGUCGCUCUGAAGUGAGAUCUAAGAGCCUGGAAUAAAAGAGAACUGAGACAUACCCAA